CAGGAAGUUUUACCUUGCUAUGAGAACCUAAGAUGGAUCCAGAGGAGCAGGAGUUAUCUGGUGAUUACAGAUAUAGAAAUUAUUCUUCGGCAAUUGAGAAAGCUUUGAGAAACUUUGAAUCAUCAAGUGAAUGGGCAGACCUUAUAUCUUCCCUUGGAAAACUCAAUAAGGCUCUUCAGAGUAACCUGAAGUAUUCACUAUUGCCAAGACGUCUGAUCAUCAGUAAAAGAUUAUCUCAGUGUUUGCACCCAGCACUGCCUAGUGGAGUACACUUAAAGGCUCUAGAAACCUAUGAAAUAAUCUUUAAAAUUAUUGGGACGAAAUGGCUCGCCAAGGACUUAUUCUUGUACAGCUCUGGUUUGUUUCCUCUGCUGGCGAAUGCAGCAAUGUCAGUGAGACCUGUUCUCCUUGGUUUGUAUGAGAAAUACUUUCUUCCUCUCCAAAAGUCUCUCCUACCUGGUCUUCAAGCCUUUGUAAUUGGACUGCUGCCUGGGUUGGAAGAAGGAUCAGAAAUUUAUGACAGAACAGAUGCUUUGCUUGUGAAGCUCUCCUUAUUAAUGGGCAAGGAGGUGUUCUAUGGAGCCCUUUGGGGCAGUGUUCUCGUCAGCCCAUCCAUCAGGCUGCCUGCUUCUCUCUUUGUAGUCAGUCACAUCAACCGAGAGCAGUCUGGAAAGCAGCAGAGCUACAUGCUCGGCACUGACUACAAGCUCACAAUCAAGUCUUUGUGUGUAUCAGUAUUGGAUUCAAAUGUCCUUGUCCAAAGAAACACUCUGGAAGUGAUUCUCUUCUUCUUCCCAUUUUAUGCAGCCUUGGACUGCAAUGAAAGUGCUAUCCCGUUGCACAGGACUGAUUUAGUUUAUAUUCUGUCAUCAGCUACACAGACCCUGCUGAGGAGAGACAUGUCACUCAACAGAAGAUUGUAUGCAUGGUUGCUAGGUUCUGAUAUUAAAGGGGAUACAUUUGCUCCAGACUCUACAAAUUCUGAAGACCCAGCUACUUAUUUCUUUGGAAAAUACUCCAAAGAUGUUUUAGUUGAGAGUUUGGUUGAAAUAUUGCAUCAGAAGUUCUCAGAGUCUGAUAUGGAGGAACGACAUCAAGCUUAUUUGAAACCUUUCCGCAUCUUAAUCAGUCUCCUUGACAAACCUGAAAUAGGGCCACAAGUGGUUGGGGAUUUGUUCCUUGAGGUGAUUAGAGCCUUUUAUUCCUACUGCAGAGAGGCACUUGGUUCUGAUCUCAAACUUAGCUACAAUCAAAGUGGGAACAUCCUUACAAGUGCAAUUAAAGAGAAUAAAAAUGCUUCAGAAAUUGUGAAAACAGUCAAUUUGUUGAUCACAUCCUUGAGCACAGAUUUUCUUUGGGAUUACAUGACCAGAUGCUUUGAAGAUUGUUUCAGAAACAAAUCCACAAAGAUGAGAUAUCCUCUUGAAAACGUUAGCGCUCCUCCGACGGUUUCAGAACUCUGCACACUGUUGAUGUUUCUGCUUGACGUGAUUCCUUUGGAACUCUACUCAGAAGUGCAGACUCAGUAUCUUCCACAGAUGCUUUGUUAUAUGGUACAGUCUCUCCUUGAAAACGUGGAAAUACUAGGUUUACCAGAACUCACUCAUGCCUUAAAGACUUGUUUUAAGGUGUUGAGCAAGGUGCAAAUGCCACCUUCCUAUUUGGACAUUGAGACAGGCAGUGGAAAUGGGAGUCCGGUGAAAAAGGAAGAUGGGGACAUAACCUUGGAGACUAAGUCUGUGCUGCAGGAAGAGGAUGAGACUCCGUUUGCUCCCCUGAAGUCAGAAGACAGCGGGAUUGGUCUAAGUGCCUCUUCGCCAGAGCUGUCUCAACACUUGGGGCUGCCAACAGUGACCCUUGAGAGAGAUGAUGUCUGGAAAAAAGGGGGCAGCAUUCAGAAGACUUUGCAUUGUGUGCAAGAGCUGGUUGCCAAGUUUUCCAGUAAAUAUAUUUUUGGGGUGCAGUUACAAGAGGCAAAUAAUGAAAGCAUAUUUGCAAUGCAUCUGGGUGCAAGAGAGAAAAAGGAGAAUGGCUACAGAUUGCCUGAAAGUGCUAGUAAGAAAAAGAGCCCAUGGGAGGCCAGGCAAAUCACCGUACCUCAGUUUAAACAAAUGCUUUCAGACUUGUUCUCAGUUCGAGGAUCACCAUUCAAACAGAAGAGUUCAAAUCCCAUUUCUUCUGACCGCAAAAAGGAAAAGGAGGAAGAAGAGUGGGACUUGGAGCAAGUGAUGCUUGUGCUAGGGUCCCUUAGAGGAGACUGCAAGGAAGCUUUUGCUGCAGCCUGUCAUCUUUUGCUGGAUUGUACCACAUUCCCAGUGUACCUUUCAGAAGAGGAGAUGGAACAGUUGUAUGUCUCUCUAUUUCAGAUUCCUGGUGGUGAUGCCAGCUUCCCUUUGUGGCUAAAGUCCUUAAUGACGAUUUGCUGCUGCGUAAAUGACUGCUACGUCCAAAAUGUGUCCAUCUCCACACUGCUGGAGGUGAUCAACCAUUCCCAGUCCCUGGCGCUUGUGAUAGAAGACAGAAUUAAGAGGUACAAAGUCUCUGGCCACAACCCCUUCUUUGGAAAGCUACAAAUGGUCACCCUUCCUCCCAUCGCCCCAGGAGUUCUAAAGCUCAUCUCGGAGAAAACAGAUUUCUAUCAGAGAAUAGCUUGUGUGCUCUGGAAUCAGCUGAACAAAGAGACACGGGAGCAUCAUAUUGCCUGUGUGGAGCUGUUCUACAGGCUCCACUGCUUGGCACCAUCAGCAAAUAUCUGCGAGGACAUUAUCUGCCAUGCACUUUUGGAUCAUGAUAAAGGGACGAGGUUGGAAGCACUGUUCAGAUUCUCUGUCAUGUGGCAUCUGACCAGAGAGAUUCAGGGCAGCAGAGUGACUUCUCACAAUCGAUCCUUUGAUAGGUCUCUGUUUGUGGUACUGGACAGUCUCAAUUGCUCUGAUGCAGCAAUUGGUGCCGCAGCGCAGGGCUGGCUGAUCCGUGCUCUCUCCCUUAAUGAUGUCGCACGGAUCCUUGAACCAGUCCUGCUGCUGCUGCUUCAUCCAAAGACACAGCGCACCUCCAUCCACUGCAUCAAACAGAAAAAUUCAGCAG